AUGUCCUUCACGGCUCGUGAGCGCUACAACCCACCGCCCCGAAAGAAGAGUUGCGCGGCAUGCAUCAAGGCCAAGCGCCGCUGCGACUUUGCCGUCCCAGCGUGUUUGAGAUGCUCGCAGCGUCAGAUUCAGUGCGAGUAUCCGUUACGUACGCCGCAGGCCAAGGCCAAGGUCAAGGCCUCUAGUCAUGUUGCAAUCCAGCCGGCACCGUUGCAGGACAUUGCUGUUCCUGAUGGCGCCUUGGGCCAUGACUGCACGGGGAGUGCCAAGCCAAUGGCCCGCCAAUUCGGACCUACUGCCACGGUAGAUGAAGAGUCCAGCCAGCAAAGCAUGCAUGGAUUUCUCAGCGACCUUGCGACUCUCGACUACGGUGCUGAGAGUCAUGACUACGAUGUUGUGCAGCAACCGUCCAUGUUAACGGCGCCAGCCACCAAGGGACUUCAUGAUCGACUGACAGAGGUUAUCGCGAGAAGGCUACAGUUUUCUUUGGAUCAAAUCCAAAAAGCGCCCAAGACCAUGGUGAUGGAGAUGCAGACGCCGUGGUCGCAUCCACUGCUCUAUGCCGACAGCAUGCCACGUUCGAUGCAAGACGCUCUUUCUUCUUGUGCUCUUUACUUGGCAAAGAACCAAGCAAAUACACCUGUCAUCCUUCGUUGCAUCGAGUCUCGAGUGCAGGAUUUGUUGUGCGAGCCUUUACCAACGACGCCAAUGGACAGCCUCGCUCACACCCAAGCCCUACUCCUCUACCAGAUUAUCCGCCUCUUUGAUGGAAACAUCAGCGCUCGAGCAUCAGGCGAGCGCACAAUUCCCAUACUCGAGACCUCUGCAAUCGGCCUGCUUGCGCACGUCAUCUUCGACACCGAGGGAAACUGUUCAGACCGUUUCUCCGAGUGCUGUCUAGCUACGCUCUCAGAUUUGUGGAAAGACUGGAUCUUCCAAGAAUCAGCACGGCGGACGCUCCUGUUUACCUUCUUCUUUCUACAGGCGUAUCGCGUGCUCACAGGAAGCCAGAACCUGUACCAGUGCGAUGGACGCCUGGGCCUGUGCCACUCGUGGAUGGUGUCGGAGCAUCUAUGGCAGGCGGAGACAGCGUUGGAUUUCAGGAACGCUUGGCGACAGAGGAAUCAUUUCCUCAUCAUUGACGGGCAAUUCACCGCAAUGUUAAGUGAAGCAAAGGCCGGUGAUGUCGACCUGUUUGGAAAGAUGUUGCUAUCCGCAGCGGUGGGCAUUCCAGAGUUGGAAGCUUGGUUUGCUAGUCGGGGCGGUUCGUUGAAAUGA